AUGGGUACGACAUCAGUCUUUUCACCGGCAGCACAGUUCGGUCAACGCAGGACACAAUCCGCAAAGACAUCACCAAACAGGACAAAAGUAAACCUGUCUGCUACUACACAACAGCAACAACAACAACAACAACAAACUACCAUAACCGCCACAACACCUACCCAACCACUCACAAUGCUCCCCCUCGACGCCCGUCCGUCACCUCCGACCCGCAUCAUGUCGGCCGCCGUAGCACAAAAACCACAACCGAACAACAACAAACCAACCCAAAACAUCACCGUGCAAACCACCAACCUCUUCGACGACGACGAAGACACCGACUACUCCCCACACCCUCACAACCUCGACCUCAACCUCGCAAAGUACCGCCUCCUCGAAUCACAACACGAGGCUCUCCUCUCCCACCUCGACAGCCUGCAGCUCGCGCGCCGGCCCUCGUCGCAGGGCAGCACGGGGUCGUCGCCAUCGUCAUCCUUCCCGUCGCGACGAUCCUCGUCCGCGUCGUCGUACUACCGCCGACGCUACCACAGCAGCAGCACGCGGUCGUCGACGGUGGGCGGGGCCGCCUCGCCCGUCCAUCACAUCAUGUCGGCGGGGCCGCUGGAGACGGUGCCGGAUGGUGACGAGGUGUGUCUCUUUGGCGAGGACGAGCGCCGGCUGUUUGACGUCAACGAGGCCAUCAAGCGCAGCCUGACGGAGCUGCUCAACUGCGAACAGGCCAGGGCCGACGUGAGCUUCCGCACGCAGAUCCAGAGCCGGUUGAUGGAGGCAGAGAGGGAGCUUAGGAUGGGCAGGAGGAGGAGGAGUUGUGCGUCUUCGGUGGGAGAUCACUAA